AUGGCCCAACCAGUCCGUAUCUCCCAAUCUUUCGCCAACGUCGCGACAAACGCUCUCCCCACCUACCCCAACCCUCAUGGAAAUGCCAACGCCACCAUCUCCGGUGACUCAACCCGCGACACAGACCCCCCCUAUUUUGCGAUUGCCUCCCAGAACAACUGGAACAACCUGGGCACCAACUUCUUAGGCAACCACCCCGCCUCCACCACCCCCAACCAUCAGCUCAACGUCGAGACCGUCUCCCUCCGCGAAGACGCCGUCCAUCACGGCAGCGAAGGCGACGUCGUCCGCUCGGCCGCAAUGUACCUCCUCCACCCCAUUAACCAAGCCCUCAGCACCCACCCCAACAUCGCCAUCACCUGCCAGUCCGAAGCCUCCACCAACCGCAUCCGCAGCGACAUCACCUACUAUCGCCACCCCAACACGGCCAACCCAAACUUCAAGGCCUUUGCCGUCGUCGAGUUCAAGAAGCGCGGCGUGAUCACGGCGGCCGAGUUCGCCGCCACGAUCAGGUCCCAAACCGUCCCCACGCAACAGGUGGUUGACAACACGGUGGCAGCCGCCAUGGCCCUGCCCCACGGCAAGCAGACGUACUUUGACGGGGACUCGUUUGUGCUGAUCAAGCAGGCGGCUUCGUACGCGGUGGCGCACAGGACGCCGUAUGUGGCGCUGUUUAAUUGGGACUUUCUGGUGCUGGUGCACUUCACGCAGAUGACGCCGACGAUGGACUAUGUGGGGGAUUACUGCCAGCUGCAGGUGAUUCCGGCUGCGCAGUCGUCGGCGAUGAGGGGGGCGUUGUUGGGAUUUUUGGCACAUGCUUACGAUAAUGCUCCGGCUGUGUAG